AUGGCGGCGCAGGUCGAGAUUGAGGACCAAGCGUCCGUCACCGAACUUGAUAAUGGCGAAACAUUCGAUCCCCUCUCCGACGACGCUGAUUCUUCGACCGGAUCUUCCUCGACCGACUCAAUGAUUCUUCUCGGCGAAGGAAACCAAGAGCGCGACGUCAUCACCACGUGUUUACUCUCCGGCAUGGGUACGAUCGCUAGCGACACGACGAUCGUGGCGGUGCGUAAAAAUUCAACGGAAGGCAUCACGACGCGAGCGAAGUAUCUCGCGUUCCGGAUUUUCACGGAGGCCAUGGCGAGGAAGAACGGCGGCGAUCCCAAUGUCAAAUACGGCUGGUACGCCGGCUCCAGAGAAGAGAUCGAGAGUGUUAUCUCGUACGGAUUUAGCAAUCGCGAGGUCGGGAAAUUCGAGAACGACGCUGGGUCUCACGGAAUCGGAAUCCAUAUCGUUCCUUCUAAGUGCUCCCGAUUUGCGGCCUCUGCUUCGGAGCCGGACGAGGAAGGUUUAAGGCAUCUUCUCUUAUGCCGUUUAAUUCUCGGGAAGCCUGAGAAAAUCGUCUCCGGCUCUAAGCAAUCGUACCCGAGCUCGACUGAGUUCGAUUCCGGUGUGUAUGAUCUUCAAAACCCUACCAAGUAUGUCGUAUGGAGCUCUCACAUGAAUUCGCAUAUUUUACCGAGUUAUAUCGUCAGUUUCAGGUCUCCUUCUCUUAGAGGUAGAGGUGGUUUUCCGGCGAGACCAUGCUCGCCGUGGGUUAGUUUCGCUUCCUUGAUGUCAACGCUGUCCAAGUCGAUGGAUCACAUCUCUUAA